CAAAAAGAUAAAUAGAAUUAUUUAAUAUAAGACACAGAGAGAGUAAAAAAAAGGAUUUAGAUAAGCCUGUGUCAUAUAACCCUAGGGUUGAAGGCAUAUAGUUGGAAAUUCCGACAUCCUCCAACCGGAGGGAAAAAAAAAAAAAAAUGCGGUGCAGCUGAGAACUGAGCUAUGUAAAUUCACGAUGGCCGUUGGCAAGUGUUGUCGAGUAAGUUCAACAGUGUGACGGGAAAGUUGGUUCAAGCAAAUGUCCAGCAAAACGAACCGGUUGUCGACUCAUUUCGCACAAGAAGAAUGGCAGGAUUAGAGAGCUAUGGGGACGUAUACAGAGGUCGACCUGCCAGAUUGCGAGAGGCAGGGAAUCAGAGAUACUAUGGUCGAGAGGUUAUCCGUCCUCUGGAGAUCCCCGUCAUCCAUCCUUUGGCAGAGGACGAUCCACCGGUGAUCGACGAUGAUAUCGCCGUGAACAAAUACGUUGGUUUAGGCUGUGGAUUAGCGAGCUUGAUCACGGGAAAUCUACUAAUUCAUCCUUUCGUGGUGUUACGAAGGCAAUGUCAAGUUAACCCAAGUGCAACCAAGUAUCACUUAAUGCCCAUAACUCUAGUACCCGUGAUAAUACGUUUGCAUCAGACUCAAGGUAUAAAUACGCUAUGGAAAGGGAUCGGCUCAGUUCUACUCGUAAGAGGCAUGACAUUGGCCGUGGAGGAUCUGAUUUCAAAAAUCACGCCAUGGCAAAAGAAGAUUACUUGUAACAGUUCGAUGAAAGCAUUCGGUCAGCAUAUUCUUCUCAAAUGCAUCUCCAUAGGUAUAGUGACUCCUUUUUAUUCAGCAUCACUUGUGGAAACUGUUCAGUCUGAGAUUGCUUCUGAAUGUCCUGGAAUCUUAGACGUUUUUCGGGACGGUGCAAUUCGUCUACUUGAUGUAUGCAAUAAAGGUAGACUCAUUCCAAUCUAUGCUCUUAUACCGCCCACUAUAGUUUAUGGAGUAUCGAAAUAUCUUUUUACUCUCGUUGUGAAAGGGAUUGCUAGUCGGAUUAUGCAUGUCAGGCAUAAACAUUCACAGGAAGCAAGAGGUGCAUACAGUAAGGAUUUGCUAUCCGAGAGCAUAAUACAGGAUAUUGAAACACAAUCUAUUCUUGUUUCAAUGUGUACGGCCGAUAUUGUAUUUUAUCCUCUCGAAACUGUUAUUCAUCGGUUACAUCUUCAAGGUACACGCACCAUCAUCGACAAUUUGGACACUGGAAGAAGCGUUACACCAUUAUUGACUGGAUAUAGCAGUGCGGCCGAUUGUUACCGCACGAUAAUCUCAACUGAAGGUCCACUUGGUUUAUAUAAAGGAUUUGGUGCUCUUAUUUUACAAUUUACAGUACAUUUUAUGGUAUUACGCGCGACAAAAUGGCUCCUGACAGAAUUGGGUACGAUACUGAUGCCGAAGCCUAAGCCGAUAAAACCACAGAAAUCCCCGUACUAUGACGAAAUAUAAAAAAAUCCGCAACAAGAUAUUAGAAAACUUUUGUUCUCCAUGUAAUUGAUGAUAAAAUUUUUCGUAUCUGCGCGACUAUGAUCACGCGAAUUUUCUAUAUUGUACGUUUUACAACUGAUGCGAAUUUAAAUAGAAAAGGAUAAAUAGUGUUCUGCAUAAAAAUCUUUAGAGAUUAAAUAUUAAAUUUGUGAAAUAUGGACAAUAUUUGUAGAUAGUCAUUCUUAUAUAACAUAGCCAUUUUCAAGUACUUUCUACACAUGAUGAAAUGUAAUUAUAUGAUUUGUGACUUUAUUAGAUUAUACCAAUGUAUAUGUUAUAGAUUGUUUA